UUGAAAUAAACCGGGAAGCAGCAUUUAGACGAAGGAGCGACCGAACCGAGACUCUGGGAAAAUGAGUGAACUGGAGGAUGUCAGCCGACACAUUCAUGACAAGAUAUCAUCCUUACAGUGUAUGCUGGACCUGUCAGUUAUUGAAUUGCCUCAAAACAAGAUGAAAAAACUUGGACAAGAACUCUUUGCACUCGAGAGACUUCUGGAGGAAUUUGAAAACUGUAUUGGACAACAGAAAGAACAACUGAAGCAUUUGGAGGCAGUUGAGGAGUUAUUGCAGAAGGAUCUGGGGGAUUUGCAGCACUUUAAAGACAACAUACCUCCACACAUGCCCAGGAAGAAGGACACGUUCAGUGGAAAUGAACCUGUAACGAACCAGAAUGAAGCAGUAGAUGUUCAACCAAGCCAAGCAGAAAAGGUUAAAAAGACCAACAAAAGUUUUGUCAGAGAGAUGGAAAUUAUCACUAUGCCAGAGUUUGAGGGCAUCCCUCCGUACAUGAAAGGACGUGUAUCAUAUGACCAGCUUAAUGCUGCAGUACACACCAUAAACGCUGCUGUAACAGCCAAGUACAAGAUCCUCCGUCAGCCGGUGAAAGCGCUCAAUAAUCAUGCACGCAAGCUGCACCAGCGCUUCAAGGACCAGGAGACCAAAGACACAAAAGGUCAGUAUUUUAUUGUGGAGGAUGACAUUCGUGAAUUUACCCAAACGAAGGUGGACAAACGAUUUCAAGGGAUUCUGAACAUGCUGCGACACUGUCAGCGCCUGAAGGAGCUCCGAGGGGGAGGCCUCACCCGCUAUAUGCUGUUAUGAAAAGAACAAGAUGAGUUUUCAGUUAGCUUCUUUGUUUUUUUCAGUGUGGUAACACAGUAGGGCGGCAUAUUUGUAAAUGUGUAUAUUAUCUGCCUAAUUAUGGUGACAACAGUGUGAGGAAGCUGUCUGUAUAUUUGGAAGACUACAUUGUCACACUGUAUUUAUGUCAGUGAGAUUGGUUAUACUGACUUUCCAAUCUUCUGAUUUCUGUGUGAAUAUGCUUUGAUUUGCCACCUGCAUGUGCUCUUACUCUGGCAAAUGUAUACAAAGUGUGUCAGAAAAGUUCCAGCACUGGUGUCACAAAAGAUAUUUUUCAAACCCAAAUUACA